GACAAAGGGAUACUAUGGUUAAAAAGCUACGUCAAAAAGUCAAUAGCAAAGGCUUAAUUGGAGCCUUGGCAAGACAAAACCUCAAGGAAGAAACAAGACGUAAGCUAGCGAAGAAGGCCGACGCACAAAAGGAACAGAAGCUUUUGAAGAGUCGAUCAGUUUCUGGGGGGAAAUCUAAAAAAUCAAAAGCUCAAGUACAUCAAGUACGUGGAUUAGUUCCAUUCACUGAAGAUGACAAGGUUUUGUUAGUGGGUGAAGGUGAUUUUCUGUUUGCCCGAUCCAUAAUUGCACAAGGAAUGGUAUUACCAAGUAAUUUAAUUGCCACAAGUUUUGAUAGUAACGAAGAGAUAGUACGUAAAUACCCUGGAGGAGUAGAGGAGAAUAUUAAGUUUCUAUUAGAAGCUGGAGUGGAUUUACGGUAUGAAAUAGAUGCCACAGAUUUAGUUGGUAGUCUUAAGUUAAAGAAAAAUGCCUUUAAAUUAUUCCGUGAUAACAAGAAUUUGGAUUAUAUUGUUUUCAACUUCCCACAUACUGGCCGGGGGAUGAAAGAUCAAGAUCGUAAUAUUAGAGACCAUCAACGGUUAGUUCAAAAAUAUUUCCAAAGUCUGAGAACUGUUCUUCGUGGUGUGAAUCGUGAGAGUAAAAGUGAUUUUGGAGGUUAUUACGCCCACAGUGAUAAGAGUGGUAAGAUCAUCCUACUGUUAUUUGAAGGUGAACCAUAUAGAUCAUGGAAUAUUAAGCUGUUGGGACGUGGUGAGAAUCUUCGUUUGGAACGAUCAGGGCUCUUCGACUGGACUCUUUUCCCUGAAUAUCAUCAUAAGCGGACUAAUGGAGUUCGUGACACAACUAAACCUGCUCCAGAACGUGAGGCAAGAAUGUAUAUUUUUGAGGAAACGGGACAAAAGAAGGAGGAACAAAAGAAACGUAAUGAUGAUUCUGAUGAUGAGUAGUGAUGAACAUCGUGGUACAUGUUUAUUCCUUCAGGAACCCUUAGACGUUCCUAAUUUCCCGAAAGAAUUUCACAUGAUAAAAGUCUCUUUUGUCAAUGAAAAAGUUUUCCAUUCUUCAUUUCAACAAUCUUUCACACUGUAAAGCUUCUUUUUUUUUUCCAGUUUUCGAGGCUGUGGGGUAUGGAUGAAAUGGAAUUAGAUACCAGGAUUCAUUAGCAAAAAUUCCAGGUUCUCCAGGGUAAAUCAAGUUAUCGGGCCUGAGGAAUAACCUUGUUCAAGGAGACUAACUUAAGAAGGGUGUACUUCCGGUACUUACUAGGGGGUAUUUAAAAUAAUUAUAGAGAAAUGAAUAGAAGUUUAAAUUAAUAGGAGAGAGCGACUAUCGGACGUUUGCCAAGUAAUGAUUUUUUAAUGAAUAAGACUGUACGGAAAUAUGUACGAAUAUAUACUACACAUAUAUAUAUAU